AUUGUGUAAAAAAAUUAUGAAAAUAUUUAAUGAAUAUGUCAAAACAUCGCAGUUUCCGUCAAGUUUUAUAAACAAUUUUGCGGGUAAAAUAUUGUAGGGAUAGUUUGAUCUUCAAAAGUUAACUUUGUUUUUUUUUUGUGAUUUCAUGCGUAAUAAAUAAAGAUGAUAGAUUUACUAUCGCCUUUUCGUUCUUUUCUUAAGCCUAAAAAUAUAAUAACGGAUAAUAAUGUGUUCCGACUGCAUUAUAAGUUCACGGUGAUAAUGUUGUUCAUGUUCACUUUGAUGGUUACUUCUAAACAGUUUUUUGGUGAACCAAUGCAUUGUAUGAGCGGCUCAGAUAAAGAUGAUAACAAAGAUGCUAUCAACAAUUACUGUUGGAUUUAUGGGACGUAUACAUUAAAAAGCCAACUAAAUGGUAUAGAAGGUAAACACAUGGUGUAUGCAGGAGUGGGUCCUGGCUCAAAUAAAAAUGAUGACCAAAUUGAACAUACAUAUUACCAAUGGGUCUGUUUUGUGCUACUUGGACAGGCUUUCAUGUUCUACAUACCACAUUACCUUUGGAAGUCUUGGGAGGGGGGUAGAGUGAGAGAUUUGUCUGCUAAUUUGACAUUACCCAUUGUAGCAAAAGACUGGACUGACCAGCCUCGUCACCAACUGCUAGCCUAUUUUAAUAGUCUGAACACCUGCACACACAAUAUGUAUGCACUUCGGUUUGCAUUCUGUGAAUUUUUGAACCUUGCAAAUGUGAUUGGUCAAAUAUUUCUCUUAGAUGUAUUCUUGGAUGGAUCAUUCCGCGAUUACGGUACCGCUGUGGCAUCAUUCACCUACCAUCCACGUCUCUCCCCUGACUUAACAGACUUUGUCUCAGUUAACCCGAUGGAUAAAUUCUUCCCGAAGGUAACAAAAUGCUGGUUCAGGUCAUACGGGCCUUCAGGAACGAUACAAUUUAAAGACCGAUUAUGUGUAUUACCAUUAAAUGUUAUUAAUGAAAAGAUAUUUGUCAUACUCUGGUUUUGGUUGGUUAUUUUAGCUUCUUUCUCUGCUCUAGCUGUAUUUUUUCGUAUACUGAUUUUCUGUAUUCCAGCAUUACGUACAUAUAUCCUUACAGCCAGAUUAAGACGUAUCAAACGAUCGCCGGUAUCAAAAAUUGUUAAACACUACAGUUUUGGUGACUGGUUCGUACUUUAUUUGUUGAGCAAAAAUAUUAAUCAAAUUGUUUGUAUAGAUUUAGUUAAGGAAUUGGCAAAAGACUUACAGUAUAAGACUGAAUGUGUUUAAUUCUUUGUUUUAUAAAACAUAAAUGAUUAAAAUAUUGUUAGGACAAAGUUAUGUAGCUGGUCUUCUUACAAUUUACUAAAUUAUAAAACAAACAUGUAAACUUAAUAAGCGCUGACUGGUAAGAGUACAUUAGAAAUAAAUAAGUGUUGAUUUCUAAGAAUCUGUUUUUAUUAUAAUAUUGAGAAUUGUGAUUAAAGGAAUACUCAAAACAUGGUACAUUUGUGAUAUUAAUUAAUUUAGAAACAUGUUUUAGUUAAAAUAUUUGAAUAAUUUCAGUUAAGUUUUUUCCAAAGCACUUUUUAGUUCAAUAAUAUGUGUGAUUCAAAGUAAAAUACUUAAAUUUUAAGUUUCUUGGUUAGGUAACUAACAGUAUAGUUUUAUACUGUCUUGAUUACCAAUUUGCU